AAAAAAGUCAGUAUGUCAAACAUUGUUGAAAAGCCAAAGAGAAAGGCCUUCGUACCAAAGAAGAAGCUCCCAUCCGAAGUUGCUUUGGAAUCCACUUUCAAUCUCCAUAGAGAAUUGGUUGGUAAGCCAAUCCAAAGAAGAGCUGCUAGAGCUGUCCGUGCUAUCAAGUCCCACGCCAGAAAGGUCAUGAACUGCUCCAGAGUCAAGUUGGACCCAGAAUUGAACAAGUAUGUCUGGAAUCAAGGUAUCCACAAUCCACCAAAGAAGGUCAGACUUAUUUUGAGAAGAAUGGCUAACCCAAAUCACGAAGACUGGGAUAAGGUCAACAAGUUCCAAGUUAUUGUUGGUUUCAAGAUUGUUCCAACCUUCAAGGGUCUCCAUACUGCUGUUGUGCAAGAAUCUGAAUCUGAUUAAAUAAUUUAAAAAACUAAACUAUUCAAAAAUUCU